GGCCAGGGUCCUAAUUUCCGUAGUUUCGAUGGCCAGUCAGCUUCUUUAAACACAUUUCCCAAAUGUUUAAAACCAGAGGAAUACAGCAGCACUGUCGUUUGUCUCUGUAACUGCUGACAUUUGCAUUGCAAAGACAUGGCAGCCACAGCUCAGCCUGCUCAAGCGCCUCGGCACCCUGCCCCUGGGCCCUACGGAGCCCCUCAUCCUCAUCCUCAUCCUCAUCCUCACCCUGAGGACCCCCACCAGCGCACGCGCCCGUUCUUCUACGUGCAGCCGGCGCAGCCGUAUAUGCCUUACCAAUGGCCGGUGCCCUACAACCCAUACUGUGGGUUUCCCGGGAUGGGUUAUCCCCCCAUGGGCUUCCCCCCUUUUCCUCCCUCUCCAUAUGUUGAUGCCCCAGGCUACAUCAUGCCUCACUCCCAGUUACACAUGGUGGACUACAGACGCAUGAUGAACCCUCAUAUGGCACCAACCGUGGCCUACCAGGCCCGGCGCUUCCGCUAUCAGCACACCACCAACCCACGGGUGAUGAUUAGCUCGGAAGUCCAAACGGACCCGACCGUUGGCCAAGGACAGAGCCCGAUCCGAAGCACCUCUAAUGGUGGCCCAACUAAUUGCGAGUCUGGCAGGGGCACGUGCUCCACUGGCACUGCCUCCACCUCCACCUCCCCGUCCUCUGCCUCAUCUCCUGAGGAGAGGACCCCUGAGCGCUCGGAGCCUGUGGCCAUGGCCAUGUCACAGCCGCCAGCCAGCAGCACUUUUGUUGGCUCUGCCACUCCGAGAACCACGGUUAUCCAAGACCACAUUCUGUUCCAGGCUGAGGAGGUGCAGAUCAAGUGCAGUGGGACCGUAGCGGACCUGAAGAUCGCCCACCGCGAAGAGACCACCAAACUGGUGUCGGACCUGAAUGGUGGGUCGCUACGCUGUAAUGCUGGAGCCCCAUGCGUAUCGGAGGGUGGAGCAGCCCAGGAUCCUGAGGAGCUCAAGAAGGACAUCGAGUCGAUGAGAGGCUCUGCUCCAUGUGAGGAGGCGUCCGCUGAGGAGCCCUGCCUAGCACCCUGCCCAGACAUCCUCCUGACCGCAGCCUCCUCUGGCUCCAGUGAGCCACUGUCUCCAGCGGAAGGGUCUGCAGAAAAGCCAGAUGUUCCAAAUACAGAUGCUGUGAACAUCACCUUGACUGAUCAGGCUAAAACCAUCACCGCUGAUGUAGACUCCUCCGUUGUGGCCUGUGGAGAGCUCAACAAGGACGACUACGACCUCUUCCCCAGCAGCAAGAACUCCCAGUUCAAGAUUCUGCACCUGCCGUUUGACCUGCAGUUUGGGGAAGUGCAGCACCUGGAGACGUCGGUGUGGUCUGUGGAGUCCUUGAUGCCGUACGUGCCCAACAGCGAGUGGCUGAUCCAGAACGGCCUGAUGACCCCUCAGAAGGAGCCCCUGAGUCCCCUGAUGGAGGACCCCAUCAGUCCCACCCUAGCAACCGACGUCGAUUCCCUGCAGGAGCGGCAGCAGACCGUGGCCGGAGGUGAACCUGAUCCACACGACUCCAUGACUUCCUUGGAGUCCCUACCGCCCUAUCUGCCGUCUGCUAGUUGGCUGGCAGACUUCGGGAACGUGUACCUCUACCACAAGAUGCAGCCCAAUGUUGGACAGCAGCUCAGCCUUCAUGGGAGUGCCUCCCAAGACGAGCCCAGUCAGGAGCUCAAAGUUGGGCAGCAUGUAUCCCAGACCUCCUCUGGCCCUCCCUCCAGACGCAGAGAGGACUGCAGCAGGCACAAGAGGAGGACUGGAGUGGCUAGUGACGUGUCUGACCACGAGUGCCAAGCCAAGUCAUCCCAUGGACAGAACUUGCUAUCCCCCCCGCACCCCCCUCACCAGGGGCAGUGUGUCUGUAACCAAUCUUUCACCAAACGUGGAGGAUCCUCCCCAAGUCCCACGCCCAGUAUGAGGCGCCACAAGCAUCCUCACCCGCAGCGAGAUGCUGCCAAAUCCCCAGGCUUUGCCACUUGCAAGUGUUUGCCCGGUAGGUCAAAGUCUUCAACCAAAGGAUCUGGCUCUGAUGUCCCUGGACGCCUUAACGAGGAAGAUGACACGACUGAGGGAGAGGCCUCCGAGAAUAGUCUGCGCUCUCUCACCGGGUCCAAGAGGGCCUCCGAGGCUAGGAAGGCCCAACACGUCAGGCGACACUCCGAGAAGUGCCCUGUGGCUCAGCGACCCAAACUCAGGGAGCAGAACUGCUCAUGUGACAUGCCAAAAUGCACCCACCUUUUCUCUGGAUCGAGGGAGGGCAACGGAACCAAUCAACAAAACGACUCUGCGUGGCGGCGGGGUGAGGUGGACCCUGUGAUGUCCAGUGUAGACCGACACAGGAUUGCAGAGCAGAGAGGAGACAUGCAGAAAUAUCAGCCUGAGAGAACAUGGAGAAGACCAUUGGUCUAUGACCCAGAACCCCCCAAGGGUUUUAAUAAUCAGAAGAAACCACAUUCACAGUCACAAGGUGGUCACAGAAAAUUCACGCGAUGCUGAUCAACACUAUACCACAUGAAAUGAGUGAAGGCACAUUUUAAUCACAAGUGUUCAUAUUUAAUUUAAUUAUCUCUUUGAAAAGAUCUUAUUCACAACAAUUUCACUCACAUUUUACAAUGAAUGAAUAAAUUAAGCACUUUUUAUAUACAGAA